GAACUGGUAGUCAAGAUAUUCAAGUAGGCCGCCUUGGUUAUUUCUAUUAAGACAAUAUCGAGGCAAUGUGCACAGUAUGCACUUAUGCCAAUAACAGACUAAUCAAUUGCAGUCCUAAAUGACAAUGGGAAGAUACACGUAAAGCAACUCCAAAUGAAAUAAUUGUUAUUAUUUUAUUCUCUAUUUAAUAUUUUUAUUUAUUUAUAUUUGAAUUGUAUUAAAAUAAAUGUGUGUAUCUUAUUCUAUUGUUCAUUAAUAAUAUUCCAUGUAUAAUUAAACUAAUAUAAUAAUAAAUAAUAGAAAAAACAAUUAAAUUAAUUUAAUUAAUUUGACAAAUUUCCUUUUUUUCGUUUUUUUUGUUUGUUUGUUGUUUUCCUUUUCCUUAAAAAAAAUACUUCAAUGUAUCCAAUAGAUUACUAGUUCAUUGUUUGCUUGUUUUUCUUUUUUUUUAUUCAUUCAGUUAUUGGUCAAAUUAUUGUAUAAAUAAGUAAAGUAUAGUAGUAUUAUUUUAAUUAUUGAAAUUUAUUACAAGUUAGAAAUUUUUAUAUACCCAUCCUAUUUAUUUAUCUAAAAAUAGAAAUGAUCCCCUUUUUCAAAAUAAAGUUUGAUAAAAUAAACUAAUUUGUAUAUAUAUAUGUAUUCUUUAUAUAAUUUAGUUGCUAUGCAAAAUUUUAUCUUAUAUUUCUAAUAAUAUUAUUUUUAGAUGGAUUUAACAAGAAGUUCAUUAUUCAUUAUCAGUUUAUUUAUUCAUAUUGUAUAUGUUAAAUCACAAUCAAAUUGUACACUAACUAAUCUUUUCGACUGUUGCAGUAUUGAAGGUAAAAAUCAAGCACAAACUUUUCUUCAAAGUCAACCUACAGGAAUUAAUACUCAAAAAGUCGUAGACUACUUUACGGAUUUGUGCAAGUUUCGUACGUUGAAUGAACAAGCAUCAUUUAUUAAAGCACAAUAUGAUAAAUUAUCAACCACUGAUUUAACUACUAUGUUUACUACGCCUAAAACAACACAAAAAUCUACUACUACACCUAGAACUACACAGAAACCUACUACAACUACACAGAAACCUAUUACAACUAAAACUACAGAGAAACCUACUAUUACUAUACCUAGAACUACAGAAAAAUCUACUAAUCAAUCAAGUAAACUAUUUCAAACACCAAUAAGGAAUAAUACUAAAGCUCCAUAAGUGUUUGGAACUUCACUGGGAAUAAAUUUUGACAAUGUCAAUAGUAGAACAAAACAAACGGAAAAAAACCCAGUUCAUAUCUGUAGCAAUGUAGACAAUUAAUUAGUAAAUACAAAUAUAUAAAUUA